AUGGACUGGAUCUGGGAGAAGACGUUAGAGUUCUGGUGCUCAUUCUUUGGCGACCAAGAGGAAGAAUCAGUACCUACGUCUUCUCCGGAACUUCAGUCUACCAGAAGGAUAUCCCGUGUUAGAUUUAGUCGCAGCACCAUUCAACAAUUUCAACUUCACGAACUGCAACAGUUGGGCUCUACGAAUGCCUUUUUCAACUUUCUCCUGGUCCAGCGAAUGCGACAAGUGGGUUUGGUGGGUCUCAACUACCUGGAUGUGGUCAAUGCCAAUAGCUUAAUUUCAGAGAAACACAUAUGGGACGCGAUGGAUGAGAAGAAACGGGAGCCCUACCUAAAGCUGGCUGAAAGUAUUCGACAGCGACAUAUGGGAACCUUUCAGGACAAGAGGAAACUGGAAGAAAGGGGCUACCAGAUACGCAGGAGCAUCUUUAAUUCAGACCAGAGCAGAGCUAAGAGCCCGCAGAACUUGGAGAACAAGUGA